AUGAAGAGCUCUUUAUAUUUUGUAUCAUCUGAAAGACAACCUUUUUGGAACAAAAACUUGAAGUCUUUGGUUAAUUAUGAUUUUCAUAAAUUGUCCGAAGAUCAAUAAACAGUAGUUUUAUUUAAAUAAGGAUAAUUAUUUAAGAGAACAACUGCAAGAAGAUAUAAGAUUUAUAAUUAACAUCUAUUUUAUUUUCGAGAGGUAAGUGAUUUAUAUUUUAUUAGUUAUUUAUUAAAGAAUGGUGAGAUCGGUGGCUUUCUAGUUCUAAAAAAUGUAUAUUGUUAAUUUAGAAAUAAAGAAAGCUUAUUAGUAAUCACAUUAUCUCAUGAUCAAUCUCAAUUAUAGCUUUUUACUGGGAAUAGAAUAGAAGAAGUUGAAAACUUUAUAAAUGAAUUGAAACUAAAUUGCAUAUAAGAAUAGAUGCUCAUAAAUUUUUACAAAAUCAAUGAAAAAAUAGGAGAGGGAAUAACUUGUGAGGUGUAUUAUUUUAAUUAUUUUAUUAGGUCUUUCUUGGAAGCAAUUAACAAAAUUAAAAAUUUGCAAUAAAAAAAGUAGCUAAAGCACCAUUUGGACAUAAAAUGAGAGAUAAACAAGCUAAAAGUCUUGCAGAAGAAAUCUUUAUAAUGAGAAGUCUAGAUUAUCCAAAUAUUCCAAAAUUAUAUGAAGUGUUUGAAUCCGAUAGUAUCUUUAUUAAUUAUAACUAAAAAAGAUUACAUAGAGUUAAUAAUGACUUAUUAUGAAGGUGGCCAUUUAUAUGAAAAGCUUCAAAAUUUUAGUCUGUCUCAUAAAUAAUAAUUGGUUAAAGACAUAGUAGAAACAAUGAAUUAUGUUCACUCUUAAUAAAUUAUGCAUCGAGAUUUGAAACCUCAAAAUAUUAUGUAUAAAGAUAAGGAUCCGAAAAGUACAGAUAUUGCUAUUAUUGAUUUUGGAUUUGCAACAAACUUAAAAUAUUAGGAACAUGUACUCUAUAAUUGUGGUACUCAUGGUUAUGCAGCACCAGAAGUAUAAGAAUAUAAAGAAAAAUAAAAAAUGUAUACAACAUAAUGUGAUGUUUAUAGUUUAGGAAUAAUCAUUUAUGAAAUGUAUCUUUAUUUUUUAUUAUUAUUUAGAUUCUUUGGUGUACAUCCCUUUAGAAAUUCUAAUAUUGGAACCCUUACAUUCAAUGACAAAAUAAAGGUUCCACAAUCUCUAAAGAAUCUCUUAAUUUAAAUGACAAGAAUCUAACCAAAAUAACGGUUUACUCUAAAAGAAUGUUUAGAUUAAGAUUUUUUUAGAGAGAAUUUUGAUUCUUAAGGUUUAGAUGGCUUGUCAAAAUACAGUUUGGUCGAUUCAAUUUAUUAUAAAUCUCUAAAUAUAUCACGAAAAAACUCCAUUGAACAAUCUAUAAAAUAAGAAAAAAUAAGUAAAUUUGAAUCUGCUAAAAACAAAACAGUAAAUUCUACUGCAGCAGAAUCUAAAAAUAUAUUAUUAAAAAGCUUAAAUCCUUAUGAUCAAUAAUUCUAAGAUGAUCUCUAAUUUAAUGAAUAUCAUAAUUGUCCAAAUGAUUUUAAUAAUUUUCUCUAAAAAAGAAUAUGA